UGCCACUGCGAUUCAGCAGUCAGCAGUCAGCCAUACAGUGGCAAGUUUUCGGGGGGCAAUUUACCAAGCAGAGGCCGAGGAAAGCCCGAAUAUGAGUCAGUUUAAGGAGCGCUUCACGACUCUGCUCCAUGAGAAGAACUUCGUGACGGACCAGUUGGCGAAUCUGGAGAAAAAAACGGGAGUACAGAGAGAGUACCUCGCCUUGGGUUUUCUGAGUUUUGUCGGCCUGUACCUUCUGUUUGGAUAUGGAGCCUCACUGCUCUGCAACCUGAUUGGCUUUGCCUAUCCAGCAUAUUUCUCUAUUAAAGCAAUCGAGAGCAAUAUUAAGGAGGACGACACACAAUGGCUGACCUACUGGGUUGUUUAUGGAGUCUUCAGCCUUGUCGAGGCCUUCUCUGACAUCUUCCUCUCCUGGUUCCCCUUCUACUACGCUGGCAAGUGUUUGUUCCUGAUUUGGUGUAUGGCUCCAGUGACGUGGAAUGGUUCUGAUAUCUUGUACAAGCGCGUGAUCCGCCCUUUUUUCUUGAAACACCAGGCGGCCAUGGACAAUAUGGUCAGCGAUUUGAGCGCCAAGGCCAAGAACAUAACUGACACUGUCACAAAGGAGGGUGAGCUAACUGCAGUAUACAUCUGUUAACCGGGCACUUAAUCACGACAAGGACCAGUGAGGGACAUCAGAAGACUUCGUGUGUGUGUGUGUGUGUGUGUGUGUGUGUGUGUGUAGUUGAAUGAUUGCCUGAAUGGGUGUAUGUCUGUGCUUGUUGUUCCACUUUAGUCAUCCUUACCCCCCCAUGAUAUCUGCCCCCCUCCCAAUGUUGUGUUGAACUGAAGCUUGAAUUCCUGGAUAUAAUUUAAUGCCUGUAUGGGCAUCAGUUUACUGCCACUGGUACAGCCAAGACAAUCAGUAACACGGUGAUCUUUUUUAUGUGAUUUCUCUGUUGAGCGGUACGAUUGGUGAAAAGAAAUGAAAAGCAAAAGACGUGGUUUCAGUAUACCUGGCGUUGUGUUGAUUUUUUUUUUCCAAUGAAGCCAGUGAAAAAAAUUGGAAAACCCAGUCUCCUAAUAUUGUAGUUAAAAAGCAGGUUAUCUUAAAAUGUGUAAUUUAAGAGCAUUUUCUAACACUAUAAGUGAAAACUGUAACUUUUACUUAAUCUUACUUGUGCCAAGCAGCAUUUAAAGUCUGUUGGGAAUGUUCUAUAACUUGAAGUCUAACUGGAUGACUUCUGUCUUUUGAUAUGUCUUAAUUUAUCUUCUCACAGGGAUGAAAUAACAAUAAAACUGGAACCCUAAUGAACUGAAGAAA